GUACGUUGCAGGAUACCAAUUUACAGGCCACAUUCCAAGGUGCUGACGGUAAUUGAACCACACUAUCCGUAGUCGGUUCCAGGCUGGGCGGGAGAUCAGCGUCGUGACGGCCAGCGACGCCAAGGACAACCACGGGAGAGAAUGUCGACUGCAUCAAGUUGGCUCGGGCGGCGAGCGAUGAACGGGCAAAGAUCACCAAUCCCCCACACGUCCCUGCUUUCUUCGGUUCUGUCGUUACGGCGCCACUCCCCCCCUCCCUGGCCAGCGCGUCGCCGCCAAUGUUGGCGAAACCAUGAGCAAGAGCGUCUUCGACAUCGACCCGGCGGGCAAUGUACUCUGCAGGUACACGGACGGCCACGGCGGGGAGAAGGGCGGCCUCAUUAAGACAGAGAAAACCGCCGUGCCCCUUGCCAAAGCUGUCCUCUAUGCCUUCCUCCCCGCCGGCUACCCCCACACAGUCACCGAUGACUACCUCGCGUACCAGACGUACGACUCCCUGCAGGCCUUCGCAUCGUCUAUCACGUCGCUGCUCGCGAACCGCGCGGUGCUCGAAGGCCUAGGAGUAGGCGAUUCGUCGUCGUCGCCUACUGGCGCCCUGAUCCUCAAGAUCACGGGCGACACCAUAUCCCGGAUCGCCACCAUCAUGUUUGCGCACCGCAUGGGCCAGGCGAUCGAGCCCGAGUGCAAGUUCUACCGCUUCCUGGCCGACAUCUUCAACGACUCGGCGCAGUUCCUCGAUCUCCUGACGCCCGCCCUGCCGUACCUGCCCAAGCUCAGCGUCAUCGUCUCGGCCGGCGUCCUGCGUGCGCUCUGCGGCGUCGCCGCCAAUGCCAGCAAGGCCAGCCUCUCGGCGCACUUUGCCCUGACGGGAAACCUGGCCGAGCUCAACGCCAAGGAGGCGUCGCAGGAGACGGUGGUCAGCCUCCUCGGCAUGCUCGUGGGGACGCUGGUGGUGCGCAUGGUUGAGGACAAGCAGGUGGUAUGGAUCAUGAUGAUGGUCUUGGCUGGCGUCCACCUCAUGAUGAACUACCGCGCCGUGCGCAGCGUCAAGAUGCGCUCACUCAACCGGCAGCGCGCCACCAUCGUGUUCCGCGAGUGGCUCGAGCACAACACGAUCCUCGACCCGGCUCAGGUGGCGGAGCGCGAGAGCAUCCUGCUCAGGGGCCGCGGGGACCUGGCGAGCAAGAGCGGCGACUACACGGGCUUCUGCGACUUUGGCUCCUACGGCGAUAUCAAGAAGUUCAACCCGCAGGGCUACCAUCGCUACGACUUCGAGACGGCUGCGUACUUUUUGGGCAUCUGGCACCACGGCGGCAGCUUCUACAUGCGCAUUGCGGUCAAGGAGGGAGAGACGAGCGCCCUAUCGGCCUGGUUCGAUGCCGUGAACCACGCAUAUCACUUCGAUUCGGCGCUCAAGGACGGGCUGGAGAGCCAUUACGAAAAUGAGAUGCCGCUGGGCUAUGUGUCGGAGGACCAGAAAAAGUCUCUUUUCGCGGCGCUGGCCAAGAAGGGCUGGGACCUGGAGGUGAACGCGCUGGAGACUAGGCUGCCGAUUCGUGUCCGGGUUGGCGACGCGAAAAAGGCCCUCCCUGUCUUGGAAAAAGAUCCUGCACACCAUUCUGGGCACCAAGAGGUCAAGAACGAUUAAUCCGAUGGAAGGAUUCGGGCGAUUGGCUGCACAGCAUUGCGGCAAUGGGGUCCGUCUGUACCAACAUUUUGAUAAGCAUAAUAAGGGGGGGCGCGUUUAGAGGUCGAAUCUGCGUAAUAUACCGGAUAUGGAACGCGAUGUGGGUUUGGAACGGGUUGCAUUUUAUACGAGAUACCAUGCGAAUAUGAGGCAAACUUUUUCUUGAGAU